UCAUGGAAGACAAGUGCGCGAAGUUGAUCUUACUGUUGAACUUUUUUGUUGUUGUUCGUUGUCAGUCUCAAUAUAAACUUUUUGUAAACAUAACUGAUUGUAAAGAAACUGGGCUUUUCUUUCAGUACUAUCAAACAUCAACAUUGACCUGUUUAGCGUGUCCAGAGGAUAGUACUUCCAUGACUGUUAGUUCUGAUGGUUUAGAUUGUAUUUGCAACCCUGGUUACUAUUAUACAAGAAAUUUUGGAGGUGGAGAAGUAACUUGUGCGAAAUGUCCAGCCGAUCAGGCUAGGUCAGCUGAUGGAUGGAGUUGUGUGAGUUGUGGUACACUUGGUAUUGUUAAUGGUGAAUGUCUUAAAUGUGGGGACAGAAUUACUCCAGUUGAAAGAGAGCUGAAUGGGGGCUUACCUGGUGGAACAAACCAAAGAGUUUGCAGAGACUGUGAACCUUACACCUGGUUAAAUUCAGGGGGUACCAGAUGUGUGAGGUGUACAGAUUACUUGAAAACCACAAACCUUACUUCAUGUACCUGUAUUGAUACUCAGAAGGCUGAUGGUUUAUGCCUUCCAUCUCUGCCUACACUUACUAAUGUCAUCACAACAGUUCCACUCACAGAUGGUUUUGCUGCUCAGUUCUCCCAGCUCUUAGAUAAACAAUUGAAGGCAGCAUAUCUGAUGUGCCAAGAAAACAAAAAUGAGACAGCAUGCCAGACAUUGGGUAAUAUGUGUGCAUUGACAUUUUUUGAAUAUGAAGAUAGUUUACAAAAAACCUCAGCAUGUAACCUGUACAAGAAUAUUAUACAGGAUAAUCGUGCAGACUGGCAAUCAUUUUUGCCUGAUCUGUACUUCACACGAGAUGGUAUAAUUGCACAGGAUGGAGAUAGAGUACUUGAUGAUGAGUCUAUUACUACAACUUAUACCUUUGAUCCUCCAAUGAAUAUCAAGAUAUUAGCAGCUAGCUAUUCACAGAAUGGAGAGUUCCUCGGCAUAGACUCAGUACUGGGUGGCAAAAUUCAGCUCUGCUCAGACACCACUACUCGACUAAAUGCAGCCUUUGUUUUUGGCACAUAUUACACACAUUCAUGUUCCAUUCCAGCAAUAGAUUUGUGGGAUCAGACCAAAUAUAAACCAGAGUUUUAUGAUCUGUUCCUUGAUUUUGAACUUGAGGAUGGACGACAAAUUUAUCCUGUACCAAUAAAACUUAAUGACUACUUGAACAACAGACAGAAGGUAAAUCAAGAAGCUGACAGUAAAGAUUGGCAUUUAGUGAAGAGAUUUUUCCUGGUGGACAAUAUAGCUACAACAGGAGCAGCAACAACAGCUGGUGCUCAGCCAGAUUAUGUCAGAUAUGUGAAGUCUAUAAGUAUGAAUCUCAAGUUAGUAGGAAGUACUAGUACAGGCCAGAUUUUCCCACCAUAUAUCUCUAUCACUUAUGGAACCGUGUCUCUUGUGGAUGCACAGCAGGGAGCAUCAAUAUCGACAUCGUUUUCAGUUGAUUAUGAAUAUUCAACUGACAAAUACAGACGAGAUUUUCAGAUUUCUGUAGGAACACUGUCAACCCUGAGUAUUAUCUAUGCUGGUUACAGGACAUGGGUGUGGUCAAAAAGAGCGGGAAAACCAGCAAUAGACUUUCAGACGAUCAUCAAUUUCUUGUUCUUUGUAUCAGGAUCUUUGGCUAAUGUCUUCUUUGUGAUUACAUUUGGUAUAGCAUUCUACUUCCUGACAUUCUUCAAGGGACAAAAUACAGUUUUCUUGUUCCAUAUCACAGGAUUAGCAGAACGUGAAUGGCUGGCAUUGUUUGGAACGGGAUUUGCUUUGAAAUGUUUACAGAUGGCUCACAUGAUAAUCAUGCAGUGUACAGCGGAUGUAUUCUUAAUCGACUGGGAAAGACCAAAACAUAUGGUUGCUACCUCGGAAAAGAAAACAGGAAGUAAUGUGUCUAUUUGGCGUACUUAUUUUGUAGCAAAUGAAUGGAAUGAAAUUCAGACACUAAGAAAAAUUAAUCAGAUUUUCCAGAUUUUUGCUGUUAUUUUCUUCCUGAAUGUUGUUGGGUUUGAAAAUGUUGCGACCAAAGAUCCAGAUGGCAGGAUCAUUAAAGAUACAACUUCAUACAGGGCUGUAGAUAGUACUAUGUUCAGAUAUGCCAUAGGAGCAUCAGUUUAUAUUUUAGUUGCCAUUUGUCAGUGGAUUUUCUUCACAUUGAUAUAUGAGAGAUUUGUUGAAGAUAAAGUUCGACAAUUUGUGGAUCUUUGCUCUAUGAGUAACAUCAGUGUGUUUGUAAUGGCACAUGCUCAGUUUGGAUAUUAUGUCCAUGGAAAAUCAGUGCAUGGGAAAGCUGAUACCAACAUGGGAGAUAUGUUUGAUAUGAUGAGGAGAGAGGAGGAAGAUCUUUGUGGAAAGCGUGGACUUUUACCAGAUACAGAGCAACAGACAUUUAUGAUGGCAUUACCACGAAAAUUAAGAGUCAAGUAUGAGACAGUAAUGUUACCUGUGGCUUUAGAGGGAGCUGGUGCAGUGGGGGCUGCUGGGAAAUCAAAAGAUGCUAUAAUUAGUGCAAAGACUCAGGCAUAUAAUGUUGUAAAUAAAUUCCUUGCUGGAUUUGUAGAUCAUUCAUUAAAAGAAAUAGACUAUGUGGUCAAAGACAAAACACUUUUAGAGAGUAUUAUGGACACAGAAUUUCUGGAUGCUUCAGAGAAAGGAAUAUUCUAUAAUGAUGAUGGUCAUUCGUUUGACAGAGCUUUGUUUUAUGGUAACGAAUCAGCCUUGGUGGUAUUUGAUACACUACUAUUCUGUAUAAUAGAUCUGAUAUUUCAAAAUUUUGUUCUGGCUGGAGUGCUCACAUAUCUAAUCACAGAGUUGAUUGCAAUGGGAAGAGACAGUGGAGGAAGAAUGAACCUCGCCAAGAAAACAUUGGUGGACCAAAGAUUUUUAAUAUAAUAUGAUUACAUAGUGCUGUCAUAUACGCAUCAACAUUCCAUAGGUCACACGAUUUGGAAUCAAUGAACAGUGCCAUUUGGAAAAAAUAAGAGUAACAAUUCUUAAACUGACUUCAUUUAAUUACGAAAUACAAAUGAAUGCUGAUAUAUGUAUCACAAAAAAGAUAAGAUUUAAGAACAUAUUGAGAGAUAGAGAUCUAUGUAUAUGUAAAUACAUAUGAUGUGCAUCUUUAUAUAGAUAGAUAUAAAUAUAUAUAUAUGUGUGUGUAAUUUUAAAUCUACUUAAAGUAAUGUGACUUUAUAAAAAUUACUCAAACAUUAUACAACUGAACAAGCUAAAAGCCAGUAGAAUUUUUAACUAAGUUCAUUUCUUUGCAUUUUUGGUAUGAUAAUGUGAAAAAAAACCAAACUAUUUGAUAUUUUAUUGUUUAUUGUUAAAAUUCCAUUCACUUUACAUAAUUAAGUUUGAAUUAAACAGAUUCAUCUUAACAAGCUAGCAUUAGUUAAAUUAUAAGCUCAUACAGGUACAGCUCAGGUGAAGGUGCACCGUUUGCAACCCCCCCCCCCAAAAAAAAAUAAAAUUUACAGCCAAUUUUGCGUCACCAUACAAUCCUCCAAUUCUUAACUCUAAAUCAAAGCCUUGAUCUGUGCCUGUCAUACAUGAUUCUGAAUGAACAGUGCUAUUGUUUAUAUAUGUUUACAUGUGUGAUAUUACAUUUGUUGUGUUAAAGAUUAUUUCACUGAAGUCUGAUCGGAUUGUCAAACUUGUAUAUCAUACUUCAUCAUAUCCGUCCUAAAUUUAUUUUAUACAUUUAUACAUUUACAUUUUAUUGUGAAGAUCUGAUAAACUUGUUGUGUUUUAUAUGUGCAAAUUUUUCUUAAUCAAUUUAUUUUUCACAUUUUUAUUGAAGGUAUGAUUAAUGCUCCUAAAUGAAUUACUUUUGCUGAAUAGGAUAUAAUAAUGUGCAAAUAUAUAGCACACAUUUUCCAAAUGACUAGUAGCAUUAAGGACUCUAUUUGACCCAAAAUAUGAUAGAUUCCAAAAUGCCAUAUAAAAAUAUGAAACAACUGUGUUAAUAUUGAAAGAAAAUUAUUUUAGAGAAAACAAAAUUUAGAUUUUGCAAACAGUAGCUAAUUUUUGAUUUCAGAGGAGUUCCUUUUAUUUCUUUUUUUUUAAAUAGAUUUGAAAACAUGUUUUGAAUUAAGAAUAUUAAAGAGUUCUAAGAAUGUGAAAUAAAAGUUAAAAGUUGGAUCCUUUAUUAUGAUAUAGAAUAGAUAUUAUUAGGUUGUGAAAAUAGAAACUCAUACAUUUGUUAAAUGCGUAUAAAAUUAUGAAUAAAUUAAUUUAUUUUAUGAUA